UUGAACAUCCACAGAACCAGGAAGUGAAAGUGUACACAUGGAGGGUGUGUCCUUCCCUCCCAGCGCUGCGUGUUUUAUUUUUAAAAUCGCAGUCCUCCUCCGCGCUUAAAGUCAUGGGGGACUCGGCCAGGUCCAAGCGGCGAGAGCAGCUCAAGCGAUGGGCCGGCUCCUGCACGGACAAAGCCUCGGCGGUGCCCAGGAGGAGGUGGAGGGGCGACGCCGAAGAGAGAGCUCCACUAAACCCGGAGGCCAAGCACUACGAGCAGCCAACUAACGAGCCAGAGUCCGGGGAAGGAGAGCAUAUCAGCCCCCUUAUCAAGAGACGGAAAAGUGUAAGGUUCGAUCGCGCGGCUGAGUUCUUGGCGACAUGUGCGAGUGGAGACACAGAGGAGGCCCAGGUGAUGCUAACCGAAGCUCGACUGACGAACAGAGAAGAUGGUCAGGACAUCAUCAACUGUUCAAACGCAGACGGGAUAACUGCUCUGCACCAGGCCUGUAUAGACGGCAGUAUGGAGAUGGUGACGUUCCUGUUGGAAAAUGGGGCCAGUGUGAACCAGGUGGACAGCGAAGGAUGGACUCCACUGCACGUGGCUGCUUCUUGUGGAUAUUCAGAGAUAGCAGAGUACCUCCUGCAGCAUGAUGCCUGCCUAUCUGCAGUGAACUGUGAUGGUGAUGUUCCUUUGGACAUUGCAUUGGAUGAAACCACAGAAUCCCUCAUUCAGAAAUUCACAGUUAAACAAGGUGUGGACUUGGAGGCCGCCAAACGGGUGGAGGAGGAGCAGAUCAUGACAGACGCUCGGGCCUGGCUCACAGAGGGACCCCCGACCGACUUACAACACCCCAAAACAGGAGCCACCCCUCUGCAUGUGGCAGCCGCUAAAGGCUAUCUAGAGGCUCUCAAAAUACUGUGUCAAUGUGGACUGGAUGUUUCGGCCAAAGACAAUGAUGGCUGGACACCUCUCCAUGCGGCGGCACACUGGGGUCAGGGAGAAGCCUGUCACAUUUUGGCUGAACAGUUGUGCAACAUGGACGCACGCAGCAACUCUGGCCAGACACCAUUUGACGUUGCAGAUGAAAGUGUUGAGGAGCUCCUUGAGGAGUUAACACAGAAACAAGCCAAUUGGCGUAAGGAACAGUCCAUAUUGGAUAGACAAAACCAACAAGGCUCCACCACUGCAAAUGCACAAAACAAACGGCGGAGGAGCUCUGUCUGCAGGAUGAGUAGCAAAGACAAGAUGAAUAUACAGGACCAGUCUAAAGAAAGGGGUGUGUCUGGAGAUGAGUUCAAUGAGGAGAAAGAGAGCAGUCCUGAAAGCUCUGCAGUUUCCAGUCCAGAAACGGAGAGCAUGACCACUUCUACUAUUAGUCCUGCUGAUAAGACCCCAGAAGAAAAUGAUGACGAGGAGAAGGAACAGGACGACAAGGCAAACCGUACAGCACGAGUCCAACCCACUCCACAAACAAAAGACUCCCCGGCCGAUAGCCCCAACACUCCCAGCUCUGAUCGGAGAAAGUUCCAGGCUCCAGUCAGAGACGAAGAGUCCGAGUCCCAGAGAAAAGCUCGCUCUCGACUGCUUCGACAGACACGGCGCUCCACACAGGGCGUGACUCUCACAGAUCUUAAAGAAGCAGAGAAGAAUGUCUCCAAAGCAGCUGAACCAACUCCUGCUCGGACUGUCCAACCAGUGAGCCCCAUUAUUACUCUGACCCCUGCGGAAAGAGACACUGACCCGGUGAAGCAGGAGGAGCCUGAAGCGGAGAAGAAGCUGGGCGUUCGAGACCGGAGGCGAGGGAGGAGAGAGAGGCGCUCCACUGGGAUUGUCCACGCGGGAGGAGAGAAUGACGAAGACGAUGCUCCACCAGAGGAAACCAAUGGGGACAGCACAAUACAAGGGAAUAAAUUUGACGAUUCAUCUGCUGACUAUAGGACGCUGUACUUCAAGGUGCUGCAGGAGAAUCUAUCUUUAAAGGACCGGCUGCAGGAAACAGAGCUGCUGCUGAGUCAGAACAAAGUGGAGCUGGAGAGACUUCGACAGAGUCAAGAGGGAACUACUGACCGGCCAGCACUGCUAGAGCUGGAGAGAUUUGAGAAGUUGACUCUACAGCGGAGAGCAGUGGAAAUGGAGGAUGAACUCAAGAUUUUGGGAGACUUGAAAGCCGACAACCAGAGACUCAAAGAUGAAAAUGCGGCGCUUAUUCGAGUGAUCAGCAAACUUUCGAGAUGAACCAUUAACAGCAUGUCACCGUAUGUAACAGUAUGUAACAGAAAACAAACAACAAGACCAGAGCUGGUGUCGGGAGCACAUCCAAAUAACACAACUGGAAUCUAUCAGGGUUUUGUCCUGCGUUUGGGCCUCUGUAAACUUACAAUGUGUUUUGGCAGAUCUACUGUAAUACAUGCUCCACUGGACCUGCUGUGGACUAACGAGAUGUUCAGAAUGACAUCCACUUUUAUAUUUUUAUUGUAUUUUUAAAUGGGAUAUUUUAAUGUGCUUUAGUUGCCACAGUAUGUAUAGAAUCUGUGUUAAGAGAUUUUAAAGCCAUGCAUGUGUUGGUCGGUUAGUUUGUGGCCUGUUGCUGGAGAAUAAAAUAUAAAGAGUUUAGUUAAUAACUAUUUUAAAAAUUAGAAUUUUCUGAUUAUUAAAAGUUAAAUAGAUUGUUUGAAUGUGGUCAACUAAUACACAGAAAUAUUUGGACCAACAAUGAAAACAGGAAACAAUUUCAAUACCUUCCUUCUUCAAUUGUCCGUAAAUAAGUAAAAGUUUUAUGUGUACUGUCAAGUCUAGAUCAUUUUAAAUGCAAUUUUUGGCUUGGAGUAAUUAUUUUUUCUUGCUAAAAUAGGAAACGGUUUCAUUAAUCAAAAUAUUUGAUUAUUACCUAUUAGCUGUGAAUGUAAAUAUUUUUUAAAAGACCUUAACAUAUGCUAAGAGGACUUUAAUGUUAAAAUUAAUGUUUAACCUUUUUAUUACCUACCAGCAACAGGCCUCUGGUGGCUAUAAGAGACAGGCUUAUGUGCCAAAAAUACCUUCUGUUUUGGGAGUCCUUUGGGAAAAACUUCUACGUGGUCAGUAUUGCUUCUCAGGACUAGAUCUGGGUCUGAAUUUAGCCGACUGUUAACCAUGGACCAAAAGCUGCAUGCUAUUCUCCCCAGUGCUUUGAAUGUUUAUUUAAAUUGUAUUAUAUUUAUGUACAAAAACAUCUGUCCAGAUGUAAAGGUUAUUAAAGGUGUAAUGAGUAACUAUUCUGGUAGGAAGUUUGCAACCUACUUAUCUCCAUGGAGAUGUUAUUAUGUUGCCUGGAAUUUUCCACAGUAUGACAUCAAACUUAUCAAUCUUGCCUUUAUGUAACUACAGGUGUUUGUUACUAAAAAGUGACACAGUUCUGACCUGUAACUUGGCCAGUUGGCGUCACCUGCUUGUCUCCAUGGAGAUGAGUUUAAUCUGUGGGAGAUUUCAGGUAAAGCCAAAACAUGCAGACAAGCAGGUGGCAAACCCUUCACCAGAAAAGUUGCAUUGUGCACCUUUUAAGUUGUGAAUGGACAGUCGUGGGUGCUAAGGGAAUUGUAUUGAAAGGUUUGUUACGAUCAUCUCAUGUUUCAAUGGAGAAUGCGUGUGUUAUACUGUGUACUGUAAGUAGCUGUACAUGUUGCAUUGGCGCUCUGGAAAGCAUUUGCCCUUUAUGAGUAUUCAUCUAACUGCUAUACAACACACGUGGCCAAAAUGGGUCAACUCUGAAUGUUUACGACAAUUGUAACAAAAAGCUCCCUGCAUGUCAAAUUGUAUUAUGAUGCUGUGCCUUUAACAUUUGUAGGUAUAGGCCUAACUUUUCUAUUUGCUUUAGAAGAGUAUCUUUGUUUUGUUAAGUGAAAAAUAUAGAAUUAACACAUCUGC